CCGGGGUGACAGAUCAGGCUGGGCCAGCAAAGGUCGGGGCAUUGGGAGCUCUGCUCUUUCCCCGAUUCUGGAAGUGGGAUUCUGGAAGUGGGAUUCCCACCCCCCCAGGUUAUUCUCAUGUUCUCCACAGCCUUUCACACCAGCUUUUUCUUCCCAAACAGGUCACCGUUUUCUUCCGAAACAGGUUACUACCGCUGGUGCAGCCUCACAGUUGUAGGGCCUAGGCUGCCUUAUCUGAAAUAGAAAUACACAGCCAAGGAAGAAAACCACUUUAAAUCUGCUGUGUUGAUAUUCAUAUGGAUGAAUCCAUAAUGUCCCAGGAAGACGUGUUUGCCAGUCACCCAAAUGUAAUAGCCCCAACUUGUGAAGGCAGCGCUUUCCAGAAGAAAGCGCACAGCAUAAGGACUCUUAGUGCUGAAGAAGCCGAGAAACUUGCAAGAGAUCAAACUUUAAUAUCUGACUUCAAACAAUCAAAACUGGAGAAAGAGGCCCAGAAGAACUGGGAUCUGUUUUACAAAAGGAAUAGCGCCAACUUCUUCAAAGACAGACACUGGACAACCAGAGAGUUUGAAGAGUUAAAAGCAUGCUGUGAGUUUAAAAAUCAGAAACUGACUAUUCUUGAAGCAGGCUGUGGGGUUGGGAACUGCUUGUUUCCACUUUUAGAAGAGGACUUCAAUAUCUUCGCUUAUGCUUGUGAUUUCUCACCAAGAGCUGUUGAAUAUGUGAAGAAAAACCCUUCAUAUAAUAUUGAGAGGUGUAAAGUCUUCCAGUGUGAUCUUACUAAAGAUGAGCUUCUAGAAAAUAUACCAGCAGAUUCUGUGGAUGUUGUCUUAUUAAUAUUUGUGCUUUCUGCCAUUCACCCUGACAAAAUGCAUCUGGUCUUGCAAAAUAUUUACAAGGUAUUAAAACCAGGCAAAUGUGUCUUGUUUAGAGACUAUGGGCUUUAUGAUCAUUCAAUGCUCAGGUUUAAAUCUGGCAGCAAGCUUGGAGACAACUUUUAUGUUAGACAAGAUGGAACACGAUCAUAUUUUUUUACUCAUGAGUUCUUGUCUCAGCUUUUUAUGGCUGAAGGAUAUGAGCAAGUGGUCAAUGAGUAUGUGCUGCGGGAAACAGUGAAUAGGAAAGAAGGCCUGUGUGUUCCAAGAAUUUUUCUUCAAAGUAAAUUUCGAAAACCUCUAAGUAAGCCAUGAGUUUUUGCUGAUCAGCAGCAGGACUGCUUCUGUAAACAAGCAGUUUGAGUGAGUUCUUAUAAAAUUAUAGAAUUUGGCUGGACUGUCCAGGAGUUUGGUAAACCAGAAAGAUGGAAUCAUGUUUUCUUGAACCUUUUGCUGGCUUUGUUCCUUGCAUAUGGCAUAUGAAGGUGACUAUGAGAAUACAAUUUGAAGAUGGUGUAUAAAUGUGUUUAUGAAUACAGGCAACUUGCCAGGCUUCCGGCAUUUCCGUUUCUAAAAUGAAUCCUGUUCAACAUUGUUGUAGGAUCACACAUUGUUUUUAAAAUGAAAGUGGUUUAACAGCUUUAUUCUUUUAAAAGGCGUUCUCCAGUUACGCUACAUAAGAUUUUAAAUUUCCUUUAAGAGAAGUUUAACUAUUGAGCAUUGAUGGACUGUCUUGUUAAACAGCUGUUUUUACUAGUCACAAGAAUGGAUUAGUUUUAUGUCCCUUUUUCACAUUAAAACUAUUCUAUAAGUAUCUUUUUAAUAUUUAAUUUUAUGAUAAGACAUUGAAAUUUUGGUUUAUUCUUCUGUAAAUGGAUAUAGGCCUUCUACCCAUAAAUGUUCAGAUUCAAGAAUAGAAGUGAGCUCUGUCAGUGUUUGAGGAAUUCUCAAAGUUCUAGCAACCUUUUAGCAAUAAAUGCUGUGACUUUUUUCUUAUGCCUAAGAUUGUCAGCAUUAGGAUAUGCUCAUACAUCUUAAGAUUUUAAAAAUAAACCCAAAUUACUUGAUAUUAAAUAAUC